GGCGACGUGGCCGGAGGAGGUCCGAUCGUGCCUAAACGAGGCUCAGCCAGACCUGCGCUGGAUUGGUUGUAGGUGGGGCUGAGUUGGGUCGCCGGCCGGAAGCGGAAGUGGAGGGAAGAUGCAGGACCAUCAGCACGUGCCCAUCGACAUCCAGACCAGCAAGCUGCUCGACUGGCUGGUCGACAGAAGGCACUGCAGCCUGAAAUGGCAGAGUCUGGUGUUGACCAUCCGAGAGAAGAUCAAUGCUGCCAUCCAGGACAUGCCAGAGAGCGAGGAGAUCGCCCAGCUGCUCUCUGGAUCCUACAUUCACUACUUCCACUGCCUAAGGAUCGUGGACCUUCUCAAAGGCACCGAAGCCUCCACAAAAAAUAUUUUCGGCCGGUACUCUUCACAGCGAAUGAAGGACUGGCAGGAGAUCGUAGCCCUGUACGAGAAGAAUAACAUCUAUCUAGUGGAACUCUCUAGCCUCCUGGUUCGAAAUGUCAACUACGAGAUCCCCUCGCUGAAGAAGCAGAUCGCCAAGUGCCAGCAGCUGCAGCAGGAAUAUAGUCGCAAGGAAGAAGAGGGCCAGGCAGGGGCCGCUGAGAUGCGGGAGCAGUUCUACCACUCGUGCAAGCAGUAUGGCAUCACGGGAGACAAUGUCCGGAGAGAACUGCUGGCCCUGGUGAAGGACCUGCCGAGUCAGCUGGCCGAGAUCGGGGCCGGGGCCCAGUCCCUGGGCGAAGCCAUUGACCUCUACCAGGCCUGCGUGGGGUUUGUGUGUGAAAGCCCCACAGAGCAGGUGUUGCCAAUGCUGCGAUUCGUGCAGAGGCGGGGAAACGCCACGGUGUAUGAAUGGAGGACGGGGACUGAGCCCUCUGUGGUGGAGCGGCCGCACCUCGAGGAGCCUCCUGAGCCGGUGGAAGAAGAUGCGAUUGACUGGGGCGACUUUGGGAUGGAAGUGGCUUCUGAAGGGAUGGACUCUGGCAUCUCUGUCCAGGCUGCCAGAAUUGACUGGGGCAUUUCUCUGGAAUCGGACUCAAAGGAAGCUGGGGGCGAUGGGAUAGACUGGGGAGAUGAUGCCGCCUUGCAGAUCACAGUGCUGGAAGCCGGAACUCAGGCUCCAGAAGGUGUUGCUAGGGGCCCAGAUGCCCUGACACUUCUCGAAUACCCAGAGACCCGGAAUCAGUUCAUUGAUGAGCUCAUGGAGCUCGAGAUCUUCUUGUCCCAGCGAGCUGUGGAGAUGAGCGAGGAGGCAGACAUCUUGUCCGUGAGCCAGUUCCAGCUGGCCCCCGCCAUCCUGCAGGGCCAGACCAAAGCCAAGGUGGAUACCAUGGUGUCGGCGCUGCAGGAUCUGAUUGGCCGGCUCACCAGUCUCCGAAUGCAACACCUGUUUAUGAUCCUGGCCUCACCAAGGUAUGUGGACCGAGUGACCGAGUUCCUCCAGCAGAAGCUGAAGCAGUCCCAGCUUCUGGCUUUGAAGAAAGAGCUGAUGGUACAGAAGCAGCAGGAGGCCCUUCAGGAGCAGGCGGCCCUGGAGCCCAAGCUGGACCUGCUGCUGGAGAAGACCAAGGAGCUGCAGAAGCUGAUUGAAGCUGACAUUUCCAAGAGGUACAACGGGCGCCCCGUGAACCUGAUGGGAACCUAUCUGUGACAGCCCCCGCGUUCUACCUGCCCUCAGGAGGGAGGGUGCAGACAGCCAGGGCUGCUGUGGCAGGGCCCUUCCUGGCCAGCGACCAGGCGAUCGGAGGAUGGAAAGCCACAUGGAGGAGCCAUCACCUAAAGGGUGACCUUGACACUGUACCCUCUGGCAGGAAGCUAUCUUGAUUGGCCCUGUGGCCUGUCAGCCUGCAACCCUAGUUCUGGUCCUUAUCAUCAUCUAGUUGAACUUAAUAAAAGAGGAAGAGACUCUUGCUUCGCCA